AGUAUAAGACAAAGAAUACAGACUAAGAAUAUGAAAAAAUAUGGAAUAAAACCUCCUUAUCUAUCCUUAUCAAAGGAGUAUUAAUUCCUCGUGUGUGCUAUCGUAUUGUUAUACCUGUACAAAGUUUUAUGGGUGGCAAAUACUAUUUAUUUGUAAGAUAAUGUAAACAGACGUGUGGUUCCUUCGUUAAGCGGUAAUAGUGACAUAAAACAAAGAAAUGAUGGAGAGGCGUACAGUCUUACUGUUGGUGUUGUUACUUAUCGGCAUUGCUGGCUUAACCGCUGCUAUUGUUAUGGGCAUCAUUCAAAGCAGACCUGAUACAUCUGAGCCAACUGAGGACGGUGACAAGGAGUACGACAGUGAGCUUUGUCAUCCACUGCUAAUAGCACAUCGCGGUGCCAGCGGCUACGUCCCGGAGCACACAUUAGGAGCCUACGCACUCGCAGCCACCAUGGGGUCCGACUACCUCGAACCGGACGUCGUGAUGACCAAAGAUGGCCAAAUCAUCGCACGACAUGACAACGAGCUCGGCUUGACCACUGACGUGGCUGAUCACCCAGAGUUCGCCAGUCGCUUUAGAACACAAAUGGUGGACGGUAGACAAGUAAGUGGAUGGUUCACUGAAGACUUCACUCUCGCAGAAAUCAAAACUCUCCGUGCAAUUGAACGCAUACCCGACAUUAGACCUGGUAAUACAAGAAUGGAUGGAGCCUUUGAUGUCCCUACCAUGCAAGAGAUUAUUGACUUGACCAAAGGUUUAGAAAUAAGUCUACAACGACCUAUUGGUAUAUAUCCUGAAAUAAAACACGGCACUCAUUUCCAACGCCUGGGUCUGGCCAUGGAGCGACCUUUAGUAGACUUGUUACACAGUAACGGUUACAGGGGACCUGAAUCGCUUAUUUACAUUCAAUCUUUUGAAGUGAGCAAUUUGAGAGAACUGAAAACUAUGACAGACCUGCGCUUGAUUCAACUCUUCGCGGGUAACCCUGCUCUACCUCCAUUUGAUCAAGCGGUGCAAGGAACAGGACUGACGUAUGCUCAAAUGGCUACCCCUGAAGGGUUACGAGAGGUCGCUACUUACGCUUAUGCGGUUGGACCUGACAAGGGUUAUAUAAUUCCCCGCAAUGCCAAUCAAACACUAGGUACGCCAACAAGUUUUGUGCAGGACGCUCAUGCAGCUGGUCUCAAAGUGCAUCCGUACACGUUCCGUUCAGAAAACGUGUAUUUACCAGCUGAGUUCCGCAGUGACGAUCCCUCACCGGCCGCUCUCGGAGAUGCAGCUGGCGAGUAUCGAGCAUUUCUUGCUGCAGGAAUAGAUGGCUUGUUCACAGAUCACCCUGAUGAUUUUGCACACGUUCGUGGUAAUUGUCAUUGACAAGACGACGACUGUUUAACUUAUAUACCAAAAGAAAAACAUGGCUACUUCAUCGAAAGUCUAAUAAAAUCUUCAUUAAGAACUAAGAUUGGUAAUGGCAGAAGAAUAAUUUGCCUAUCAAGAUAGGCAAAUUAUUCUCCUAGUAUUACCAGGUACUACCAACUUUUAUAAGUGUAUUCACCAUUUAUGUGGCUACCUCGACACUUAGUUCCAAUUGUUAACAUCUUUGUUAAAUGGGAAGCUUUGGUUAACAUAUAAUCAAAAACUGUUUAGAUGAAGAAAAAUACCAGUUUAUGAUGCUAGCCAACAGCUAUAAGACAUGUUAAUUUUUAUUAAUUUAUUCUAGUCGAAUUACUUAGAAUAGGUGUGUAAUUUAAUCUUAUUAAGAAAAUAAUAAAAUUUUAUAUCUAAGCA